AUGGAUCUGAGAAAGGAAACUCCUAUUCCAUGGAACGAUGACACAAAAUAUGCGCUGGGAUUAUACAGACAGUAUCUCACUUUGCUAGGGAUAUGGCCUUUGGAACGUGAUAGAGUGUUGCCGACAUUGCGGCUAAUGUUGUUCAUCGUCAUACAAAUGUCAGUAAAUAUCACUUACAUCACAAACCUGAUGACAACAGGCUACUGCGGUCGAAUACUGGAUUUAGUCGAGAUAAUCACAAUACUUUCCUUGAGCAACAUAUCCGUAUUCAAAUUGAUCGUACCCUGGGGUUACUCUGACAAAAUGUAUUUUGUUCUCAAUUCCAUGGUCGAGGAUUGGGUAAAGGUUUACGAUCGAAAAUCCCACGAUACAAUGAUGAAAUAUGCCUACAAAGGGAGGGCAGUAUGUGUUUUCCAACUGUUCAUCACCGCAUUUUUGAUCAUUCGAAAUAUCUUGCACAAAUUACCGGCUACAGUGGAAACAAUUACACCUGAAAACGUGACGACUCUAUCGAGAAUUGUGCCAUACGGACCGGCAUGUUGGGUGUCAACCACAAUGUCCGCGCAUUAUUACAAUGCUUAUUAUUCAUUAAUCUGUAUCCACUGGCUGUCGGCAGCCCUCGCAUACAUCGGUACCGACAUAUACCUCUUCGGUCUGGGAAUGCACAUGUGCGGACAGUUUGAACUGUUGGCCGCUGAACUCGACGAUAUAAGUGGCAACGAAAAUUGUGAAGAGCAGCAUGAGAAAAUCUCGAAGUUCAUAAGACGACAUAAUCAUCUGCUCAACGUUGCUGAAUCCAUCGAAGACGUCUACAACAUUCCAAUUCUGGUUGAAGUCAUAAAUAAUACAGUGAUUAUCAGCAUAUCUGGUAUCAUAUUACUGUGGGCCUUCAAACUUCGCAGUCGUGCAAUGGCGAUACCGAAACUUAUAAGAAUUUACCUCUUCUACGUUGAGAUAUUCAUGGUCAGUUAUGUCGGGCAAGCCCUGUCAGAAAAGACUGAAAAGCUGCAAGAAGCUGUUUACAAUAUACCUUGGUAUAAAAUUCCGAAGCGACAUAUGAAGGCGCUUGUCAUUGUUAUGAUGCGAGUUAAAUAUCCGUUCCAAUUGACGGCGGGCAAAAUAGCUCAUAUGAACUAUGAAACCUACAAAAAUAUCAUCAAAUCGACCUUUUCAUAUUUCUCCGUUUUCCGACUUGUGUUGGAGCAAUGAACAGGAUCGCUCACAAAAGCUCAAUCCCCGCUCACACGGAAAAGAGAAAACGGCGGACAAGUUCUGAGAUCACAAGAUCUUUGCUUAAGAUUCAUACGAGGGGAGAGCUUCGGCUGAAAAUUGACGAAAAUCUUGUGGUUUAGAAUUUUUCACCAUUUCCUUUUUUUUCGUGCAGAUAACCAAUUAUUAACAGAAACGUUAUUAAUCGAAAAUAAUGCAUUCAGUUGUGUAUUAGCCACUA